AUGGUACAACAACAUUUAAAACAAUCAAAAAAUGAUUCCUGUAAAAUUAAAAUUAAAGAAGAUGAUGAUGAUGAGGACAAGGAGAACAAGAUAACAAGGGCUUCUGGUAGCGAUAAUUUAGCUGUUUAUUUACAAUUGAAUGAAAAACGUCGAAUGUUACAUGAAGAUCAGAAUAAUACAAGUGUCGGUGAUAGUUUAGGAGAUAUGGAUGAAAAUGGUUUAUUUGAAAUAACGGCAGCUACCGAUAAUGAAAAACCAUCAUUAUCAUCGUCAGCACCCAAACCAUCAUCAAUAAAUGUUCCACAACGACAACACAAAAAAAAUAAUAAAUUUUCGAAUGAUGCUCAUCAAGAAACUGGCAAGAUCUUCACUAACAUUUUAUCGUGUAAAUUUGAAACUAAAAUUAAACUGGAUUUAAUUUUCACUCGAAUUCCAAACGGGACGCAAAGUACGAACAAAUAUGGUUCCUAUAAAAUUGAAAUCUCCACAGUAAAUGAAUAAUCGUUUUUUUAAGAUUUAUUAUUAGAUUCUUUGCUUUUGAAAAGACACACAUUUUACUCGAACAAUUUUGUUUCUUGUUUCGAUAAAUUGGAAAAUUUCUCUCUGCAUAGAUCAGCCAACGACAGUUAAAAUAAUAUACAAAAUCAACCAUUAAUCAAAUUUAGAACUACGAGAAGCUUAUCGAUGUUUGUCAACAGCUUGCUAUAGGUGGAUAUCUUUGGAUCGUUUUAUUAUCUGAAUGAUUCAUUAUCUAUUUCUCUUUCGAAAUCUUGUUCCAUACUAUUGGGAUACAAAAAAACAGAUAUCUGAAUAGUCGUUCUGGAAUAUUUUCAUUAUAUGGUUGUCUCGGAACUGACUUCAUAUUUAAUGAAUUUGUUUAUGUUUCCACCUCCAGUGGAAUGUUUAAGAAAAACACUUCUAUUUGAUAGCUUUUCCGCAUCUUUAUCUAUUACAGAAGAUAUUGAUUCAAAUACUGAAUGUUAUAAGUGUAGAAAUUAUUUUUUAUAAAGGGAUAAGUUUUUUAUGGACCAACCUGUAUAUUGCCAUUCAUUUACGAUGGAACACCUGCUCAAC